UUAUUUUAUCUUGUGGCUCCUAGUGAAAGCAUGUUUCAGACGGUUCAAGAAGUCCCUGAAUACGUCAAACAGGUAGUGCCACUCUUUAUAAGCGCUAUUAUACUAGAAAUUAUCAUUAAAUCAAUCAUGGGAAUUGGAUCAUCAGCUAGAGUCAACGAUAUAAUUGGAUCUCUCUCAGCUGGCAUUAUAUCAAGACUUCCACAGCUGUAUUUUGGUAGCCUUGAAUUAGGAGCCUACAUUUGGUUUUAUGAGCAUUACAAUUUAGUACGAUUGCCAUGGAAUUCUUAUUGGACAUGGAUCUUCUGCUUACUAAGUGUUGAUAUGGGAUAUUAUUGGGUACAUCGUUUUGGCCAUGAGGUCAACUUAUUUUGGGCUGCUCAUCAAGUUCAUCACAGUUCUGAGGAAUAUAAUCUAUCAACUGCCCUACGCCAAUCUGUUCUUCAGCAAUACUUCAGCUGGGUAUGUUAUUUACCUUUGGCAUUGUUAGUGCCCCCUCCAGUUUUCUUAGUUCAUAUACAAUUGAACUUAAUCUUUCAAUUUUGGAUACAUACUGAGGUAAUUGAUAAAAUCGGACCUCUAGAAUACUUUCUCAAUACACCAAGCCAUCAUCGAGUUCAUCAUAGCCGCAAUCCUCAAUAUAUAGAUAAAAAUUACGCUGGUGUAUUAAUUAUUUGGGACAGGAUAUUCGGUACAUUCGAGCCUGAAGAUGAAGAAGGUGUAUAUGGUUUAACAUCCCCUGUAGCUACAUGGAAUCCUCUCUGGGUGCAAUUU